GAGACGGACAGAUAUACCAACAGACUCGACGAACACACCGAAAUCCCCGUGAAACCGGCGCGCGUACUCUCCCCGCGUGUCCUCGCGGGCACAACCGCGCUCUCACAUUUUCAACUCCAUUUCUUCCCUCCUCGUCGACGCGUGCGUGAGUGUGCAUGUGUGUGUGUUUCAUCGUUGUUCGUUAUUUCCGUAUUUCGAGAUGCGUCCGAGCCCCGUAAGACAUUUGCAGCCUGUGCACUCGGACCCGAUGACAAAUGCGCUUUGACGAUAAACCCUCCACCCCGGACAUGCAAGCUCGCCAGCCGCGAUUUUGACUGAAAAACCAACCCGCUCGCGGCCCCCAGUGUUUGACGUUUCCUCGAGGUUGUUGUCCGUGCGUGUGUCGAUCGACCGUUCGUAUCGCUCACGUGGACUCGCCGAACGGUCAUCGGAGGGUGUCCCAGGACGAGUGCGCUCGUGUCUCCGGUACGAUGACCAUUUCCGAAUUCUACUCCGAGGUGCUUUUUCGCGUGACGGUGAAAGUGCGGAAUACACAGGUGCGCGCUUAUCAGUGAAGAGUGGACAUCAGCCUUGUUUAGAGAUAAUAAUAACGAGAGAGCGAGAAGCUUCACAAGUGCGAGGGAAAAGAAAAUUGAGUUAAGUUUUCGAGGGGCAAGAAAUAAAGGAAAAUGUUGCCGUAUCAAGUGACCAUGGACUACGGAGGCUUCCAACGACAAAGUCCGGUCGGCGUUGGUGUCGCCGGGGUCGGUGUUGGCGGACCACAUCAAGGCCCUGCAGGUGCCCUUAACCUCAACCCAGGGUUCGCCCACUCCUGGUUCGUACCGGCGGACUUGUGUGUCCCGUACAAACAGAAUCAGGGUUCUCUCCUCGAGCCAGGUUUACUGGAGAUGCGGAAAGAGAAGAGCAGAGAUGCCGCAAGAUCACGCCGGGGUAAAGAAAAUUUCGAGUUUUACGAACUUGCGAAAAUGCUACCACUCCCAGCUGCCAUAACUUCACAACUCGACAAAGCCUCGAUCAUAAGGCUCACCAUAUCCUACCUCAAGUUACGAGACUUUUCUGGAAGAGGGGAUCCGCCUUGGAACCGGGACCCUCCACCGUGCAAUAAAAUCGUUCUCAAAGGAGCUAAAAGGUCGAGGCUCACGUCAGCUCCGUUGGCAGAGGACAUGUUCGAGCAACAUCAGGGCACCCACAUUCUUCAGUCGCUGGACGGUUUUGCGAUGGCGGUCGCCGCUGAUGGACGAUUCCUGUACAUUUCCGAGACCGUCUCCAUUUACCUCGGCCUUUCCCAGGUGGAAAUGACCGGCUCUAGCGUAUUCGACUACGUUCAUCAACAGGACCACGUCGAGGUCGCUGAACAACUGGGUCUCGGAUUAACCUCGUCCUCCAACUCGUCCGGACCUCAUUCCUCCAGUUCCGGACUUGCGUCACCGAGCAGCGCUGCUUCGGAAGAACACGGUUCGGCAUCAACCGCCAAUCCCGACGUCUCAUCGGUUAUGUCGCUAACGACAGCAGGCGUUUACAAAGGCUACGACCGAGCGUUCUGCGUCCGGAUGAAAUCAUCUUUAACGAAACGCGGAUGUCACUUCAAGUCUUCUGGUUAUCGGGUUGUUCUUCUCCUGUGUCGAUUAAGGCCCCAGUAUCCAUUUAGUCGAACGGGCAAAUCGUCGCCACCGUUGAUGGGUAUGGUCGGCUUGGCGAUAGCAUUACCACCACCAAGCGUUCACGAAAUUCGACUUGAGACUGACAUGUUCGUUACGAGGAUCAACUUUAACUUUAAGAUAGCACACUGCGAACCAAAAGUAUCAGAACUGUUAGAUUACACGGCGGAUGAAUUAGCGGGGAAGAGUCUUUAUGCCCUGUGCCACGGGGAAGACGCACAUCGGCUACGAAAAUCGCACGUCGAUCUGCUUCACAAAGGCCAAGUACUCACGCAUUAUUAUCGACUUAUGAACAAGAGCGGCGGUUACACGUGGCUACAAACUUGCGCCACUAUCGUGUGCAAUUCGAAAAAUGCUGAGGAACAAAAUAUCAUUUGCGUUAAUUACGUUGUCAGUGGUCGAGAGUACGGGAAUCUCAUAAUGGAUUGCUGCCAAUUAGAGGAUGGGGUCACAGGUGUCAAGAGAGAAGAUGUUGCCGGUAACGAUCCAGAAAACGGCUCGCCAGAUGCGGAUAGAGGAGAAGGUCGAACAAGCGGUGGUCCAACGAACCAGCAUCCGGAGAAUCCUCACCGUUCGCCGCCGGAGGACCGCGAGGAUACGCGUGGUUCGGAGAGCGAGCAGCGAGGAAACCGUCACCACGACAACGUGUCUCAGCUUCAACAGGAGCCGGGUCCAGCGGUGCCGACGAUCGGUGUUCUGACGGUGAAGUCAUUGUCGCGAGGGCACAAGAGGAAGUACGCUCAAGAGGAGGAGAGUAGUUCGGGUGAGGAGGACGAGGAGGAGGAGGCGGCGGGGGCGGGGGCGGGGGCGGGGGCGGUAUCAGGGAAGACGUCGGUGGGUGCGGUGCGGAGCAACGCGUUGAGUCCAGCGUCCUCGAGUCACUCGGUACCGGGAAGCGAGCAAGUGUUGAGGGCGCCGAGUCCAAAGUUGCGAAGAUCGGAGGGUGCUUGCGGGGGGGAAGGAGGCGAAGUGGCGGGUGGAACAUCGGUCAAGGAUUUGGAGCAAGCGAUGUCGAAGCAUCUGCCGGGUGCAACGUUGAACAAGCCGGAUUCACCGGCGUUGCAUCAUCAGCCAACGGACUUCAGUACGGACGCGUUGUUGAAGCAGCAGCAGCAGAGGAGCACGAUCCAGUGGAUCGGAGCGCACCAUCAUCAUUUGGGCCACCUGAGUCCGCAGCAGUCGUCGACGGCGCCGCUCCCGGCGUCGGCGUUGCUCCGACAAUUGUACGUAAACAGGGAGAGUGUCAUAAGGGCGAACGUGCACGGCAUAACGUCGGGAGGGGGUCGAGGGCCUUCGGCAUCCGGAGGCGCUUAUUACACCGGCGACAGCGUGCAAACCGGGCCAUUGCCAACGCCCCCGGGAUCCGAGGGUUCUUCUACGUACGGAGAACACCAGUUCGUACUCGGGGCUCACAAUCCCCAGAAAAGUGUUGUAGGAACGAGCGGUGCCGAGGCUUUCACGAGCCUCGUCUCGUCUUACUCAUCCGCUGCGGCUGGUUACGCGAUUGAUUAUCACUCGGCGAUGACCCCACCGUCUUCCGUCUCACCGCGGGACAAGCAACAACAGCAUCAUCAGCAGCAGCAUCAACAGCAGCAGCAGCAGCAGCAACAACAACAACAACAACAACAACAGCAGCAACAGCAACAGCAACAACAGCAGCAGCAGCAGCAACAGCAACAACAGCAGCAACAACAACUUCACUCAGCGAGUGUCGUCAGCAGUUACGAAUCAUCGGUUUACGGUGAUCCUAUCUUGAGACAUCAGUACGAGCCUGCUCAACCUCUACCCUUGAAACCUCAGGUCUAUUCCGCCGCUGUUCAUCCCAGCGCUCUUGAUGCUGCUGCCGCCUACGCUUCGGCCAGCCUCAGCGAACAGCCCCAGUUCUAUCAUCAUCCGGCUGCCGGCGCCGGUUUCCACCUCUAUCAUCCGACCAACAAAACCGCGACCAACGGAUGGUACAGCUCCGCGUCCUAGUAGCUUUACGGUUAAGUUCUUCCUCCCCCGCCCCCUGCCCCUGUCCCGUCACUCGGUCGGCGAGUACUUAAGUAAUUGGAAUCUAACCCGAAGUCCCCACUUUUAAAAAACGAAGCAUAUCAGCUAUCUUUCCAACUUUAUUCCCCCUUCUCGCUCAUCGAGCCUCCCGUUUGCUCUAGGAAUCUACGUUGCGCGAGUGAAGAUAUAUUUUUUAGGAAAUUCGUUCCCUCAAAUCCUACCGGCAACCAUGAAUCUCGCUAUUUUAAUCCAAUUUUUGCUCGAGACUCUUUGAGUUUGAGCACUUCGAGCAUUUUGAAACUUGGAUUAAUUACGUUGCUACAGAACGCUUGCGAGAUCGCAAUCGAACGAAAUUUCAAGCAAUCCCACAGCCCUACAGCCAGGCAGAAUUUACUUUUUCGACUUUUCAAAAUUCAACGAAAUUUUUCUCUGUAACGAUUCUCAAGCUGCCAAUUUUUAAUUCACCGAAUUUCCCGAUUAAUUACGACUAUUUUUAUCCCUCAUAUGCUCUUCGUUUAGAUUCACGGAGCGAUAAAAAAUAUGCGGAAUUCCUAGGGUUGAGUUUCUAAAAUAUCAUCAACCUCGAAUUUAUUCGAAUUCACUCUCUUCAGCUCGCCCGGUGUAAUAUAAAUAUUGAAAAAAAAAAAAAAAAUAACAAAAAAAACAAAAAAAAUCGUAUAUAAAUUAUUAUAACUCUUGAUUCACUCGAGUCGAAACGAAGGUGAACUUCGUUACGUGAAGCACGCGAGUCUUCGUUGUUGUUUUCUUGAAAACGAAAAAAAAAAGAGAGAGAAAAACAAACAUUUCCCUUCGAGCCAGUGUUCGAAAAAUUUUGUUUUUUUUCGUCUUCGUAUUUUUAUUGGACGCUUCGAAAUACGCAUUAUUGUGGGGAACAUUCAUCUCGCUAAGUCGUUCUAAAUAGUUGUUGAAAAUUUCGUGAGAAAAAUGAGCUGCGCGAGUGCGUCUCGAAAAUAAGUAUUUUGUUUGAUUUUUUUUUUUUUUUUUUUUUUCUUAUAUAAUCUGUAAUUAUUGUCUGGUCGUCGUGUUUAUUGUUCGCGGCGUUGAUAUCAGACACUUGUAAAUAUUGUACAAAUACUUCGAUUUUCCCUGCCGUCCCCCCCCCCUCCGUCCCUUCCUCCCUUCCUCCUCCCCCCCGCCCGCCCGCCCGCCUCCCCUCUCGACCGUAUUAUCAAAAAAAAUCGUUCAUUAUUACGUUAUUUUUACUCGGAGAGUUUAACGAAUUAUAAUUUCGUAAGUAGUUAUAUAUUGAUCGUGUAAUUGGGGAUAAAGAUAGUGGAUUAUAACGGCGAUAGCGUUAUAUACAUAGCGAUGUAUAACCUUUUCCCCGGUGUAAAACGAGGUGCCAACGCCACAGUCACGACAAGUGACUCGCGCCAUCGAAAAAUGAACGUUAUUUUCGGUUAACGAGUAAUCUUCGACUCGACGAUAGCGAUCGCUAACCUCGAAAAAGAUAAACAAAAAUAUAAUUUUGUUUUGGCUAAUUUCGAUGGACGAUCGUGUGUAAAUAAAUUGUAAUAUCGAAAAAUGCUUUUAUCGAUCGACAGUUCGUAGGCUCGAUAUUGUAUUGGUGGAUGAUAACGCCGCUCAUAAUGCCCACGCUCUAUACUGGGUCAAAGACUUAAUUUAAGCUCGGUGCAAUAAAUUCAAAUCACCUUAUCCCAGGGCGUUUUGUUUUUGUUUUUAUUUUUAUUUUUAUUUUUUUCAAUCGUUCGAUCGCUCAAUUCGAACAAUAAAAACACUCACACACAAGUUUUAUGAAUAAUUGUUUUUUGUGCAGCUAAUAUUAGUGGCAUGAGUGAAUGCUGAGGAGGUUAUGAAUGCGAUAGAAAUCGCUAUGGCGUACCUUCCCUCUGUCCUCCGCACGAACGAACCAAGCCCAACACGAGGCAACUGUGUAUACAUAUUGUAAUUAAACGUUCACUAUGUCGCGCUAUCGAGACGAGCACUAAUAAAUGGUUAGUUACAUGAAGAUCAGCUAUAAUGUGCAUUUUGGCACGCAAUGUGUGAUAUAUCGAAACAGUACGAAUAAUAUCGCUCGCUGAAAUCGAAAAGAAAAUGGAAAAGUAAGAAAAAAACAGCCGCGGCUUUUCACGCCCGUACGCGUCGUUCGAAAAUCCGAUGUGUUUGCAUAGAUAUUUUGACAAUUCGUGCUCCCAUAACCUUCAUUCCAUUUGUACAGAUUUGUUUUGAAUUUUUGAAAGUGUCGCACGUCAUACUACGGAUUUAUGAUGACACGCGAGAGACGGAGUGAGACUCUUUCAAACGCCAUUUCCAAAUCAAUAAAAACACAAAAUGUGACAUGAAUUAACCAAAGUUUUUUGGACAAUACGCAAUAACAUCAAAUUAAACACUAAAUAAACGAAUUUUUUUAAAUGAUUGUUCACAUGUGCUCCAUUUCUAAACCACACACCGGGAUUCAUAUCAAAUCGAAUUCCGAUGAAAUGUUAGUGUUGUUUUUCUAGCGAUGCGUUCAACGCUACUAUUAAAAUUACCGUGAACUUUGAUGGAGAAGGAAGAAACGAAAACAAAUUCUGUAAAGGAACUGGCGAUUUAUACUUACUCGCCCUGCGUAUACCAGUGUCGAAGGUUGAAAGCCCACUCAUCGUUUGUUUUAUAAAGCAUGAAAAAUUGACUCAAUACAUGGAUUUUGUACAA